AUGGCCGAGUCAGAAUCCAUGACUUUUACCUCCCCUGCCAACGAGUUCCUCCAGCAGGAGGUCUACCGGUUAGGGACAUCUCCCGGCCUGCGAUCCCUUCCUCCCAGCCCUGAUCGCGACUUUCUGGUUCUCACCUGGGGCCCCAUUGUCUAUCGAACCAGCUACGUUCCGGACAGCAAACGCCUUCUCCCUGUCUUCCUACGAUGUCUCAACGAUGCUACCUACGCCUCGAAGGUCUUCAGUCUGCAGGAUAUGUACGACGGCUUGGACGAAAAUGGGGUUCGCGAGGCCUUCCAUGACUAUAAGGUUUCUCUCGCAAUUCCAGCCACCGAAUUACCGAGCAGGUUACGUGCUUGUUUGAUGGUAGAUGAUGGAGUUCUGUCUCACCUGCGGGCUAUUCUGGAUAUCCAGAGCAUGGCCGGACAAGAUGCAGACUUGGGUCGGUGUUGGGUUAAGGUCGUUGAGAACAAUUUUCCGGAUUCUCGAUUCAGCGACAAGCCAUACAUUGCGAACAUCGACUGGAGCACGAAUACUGAUGCAACUGGAGAAUAUCGUGGAAAUUAUCAUGGCUGGACAAUGGUGGCAUUGUCGGCAUUGGUGGAAGUGUUCGAUGGACUCCGGCAAAUGAAAUGCUUGGUGGAGUAUCAUCGUGAGGGGCGGAUAUAUCUUGGAGAGGGGCAGUGGAGCGCGCUGUAG